ACGGCAUAGUAACAACCCACCAGUGGAGAGAAAAAAAAAAGGAACAACUUGGAGAUACAUAUAUAGGGGACAUGUAACGCCUUAUUCAACAUGAUGCGUUUUUUUUUUUUUUUGAGGAGGAAAAGUACCCCUUGAAAUGGCGCUCCACAAAUUCAUUCUGGUCACAAAAAAGAAUCAGAAAAGUUCGCUCCCCCAAAUGUGGGCCAAAGGAAAAACAAAAAAUGUGACUCGACACAUUUGCGCAUGUCCGCAACGCAGGUCACGUAGAGGCAGGCUAACACUUAUACCACAAUCGGAUCAUACGUAAAUACCAACGGCCCUAAACCAUGGAAGAAUAUUCCGUCAGUGCAGAUCCACAGCUGACUGAGGUCCACCUGAAUAGGAAGCUGCCAAACGAAACGCUGUACCGCCUCCAACAGUACGUCGUGCCUGAGCUAUCCCCCAAGGACUACAAAGGAUGCGGAGGAAAAGUAUGCGUCGUCGGGGGUAGCGAAGUAUACAGUGGCGCCCCCUUUCUAUCAGCCAUGAGCGCCUUAAAACUCGGAGCUGAUUUAUCCUUCGUCAUAACAGCACAGGAAAAUGGAAUCCCCCUCAAGUGCUACAGCCCAGAACUAAUUGUCUACCCAUAUUUAUGCAGCCAAAAGUCAAACAUAAACAAUAUCCCAGGGGAAGAAUUAAAAAAAGGAGAAUUAAAAAAAUGCACGGAAUAUUUGGUCAGUCGAAUUGACUGUUGUGUGUUCGGGCCAGGUCUUGGGUCCAUCGAUGAAGUGACCAAAGACUGUCUUAGCUAUGUAAUGAAAAAAAUGAUAAAAAAAAAUAUUUUCCUAAUUCUCGACGCCGACAUUAUUGAAUUUGUUUUAACAUGUAGGGAUAUAUUUUAUUUAAUACAAAAUUAUCAGCAUUGUUUAUUUACGCCAAAUAAGAAUGAGUUCAAGAAAAUGAUUUUUCUUCUCACGGAGGAUUCCCAAAAUUUGAAGUUUGAGGACUUGAUGACCACAGACAAAAUUGUUCAGCAGGGUCAUAAGUUGAUGCGGAUGUUUGACGGUCCCAAAAUACUGAUAAAGGGUUUUUACGACGUGUUUAUUUCCAGGGAUUUUUUUUUCGUUUCCUCCGUUGAGGACCCCUGUUUGAAGAGGCCUGCGGGGCUGGGCGACGUGCUGACCGGACUGCUGGCCGUUUUCCUCGCCUGGGCAGGGAAGAAGAAGGAUAAGUUUUCUCCAACGCUGAAGGAGGCGUUCCACGUGGACUCCAUCGACGCACAGAACGAAUGCCUGGACGCGCUCUCCGCCUUUUGCGGCAGCUUCUUCUUAAAAUAUUUGUGCAGAGAGGAAUUUAAAAAGUACCACCGGGGGCUCCUCGCUUCGGAUGUUAUAAAAGGAAUUCCCCACCACUUCCACUUCCUGUACGAUGGGGGACACGAGCCAUCCCUCCUCGACCAUCAGCCUCGAUUUCCUGACUAA